AUGGUUAAGGCUAGGAAGUCUAAGGCGCCGCUGUCACAGGGGUUUGAUAACAAGAUAUCAGACUUGAUAUAUCUCAUGCUCGAUGAAAAAUCUCUCGAAAAGCGGCGAGCGAAUGCGGCAGAAAAAGCCAGAAGGGAGGAGGAAGAACUCGCCGACGAGGAAGAGACAGCCGAGGAUGAUUUUUCAGACAUAUUCUUAGCCCGGGAUCUUUCGUUCGGCGAAGUGCUGGCAUUUGUGCAAUCCAAAGACCUCUCACUGCAGCGUGUGAAGAAAGUGGUUCUCGAAAAAACUGUGGACAAAGUACUUAAGCAAGCAAUAGAAGAAGAGGAGGAGCAGUUUGCAGCGUAUUUCGCUAAUGAGACAUCUAAAGAUGACCAGAUGAACUUAGAUAGUGAGAGCUUAAGCCAGCAAAACUUGAUGGUGACGCCAACCUCGAAUGAUAUGAACAAAAGUAUAACUAGUAUUUGGGCGACAACAAAGAGUGAGGAAAACAAGGAAGACGGUGACAAAAAGCUUUCUUCAAAAAAGCGGGCUAAAGAAACCGGGUCUAAGCCCAAAAGGCAAAAAACUCAGGAGGAUAGGUCGCCUCCUUCCUCAAAUUUAUCAUCACUUGGUGGUAUGGAUGAUGUUGUUGCGCAGCUAAUGGAGCUGAUAGGUUUACCCAUUUUACACCCUGAAAUCUUUGCAUCCACUGGCGUUGAACCUCCUCGUGGUGUCUUGCUCCAUGGCCCCCCAGGUUGCGGUAAAACUUCGAUCGCAAAUGCCUUGGCUGGUGAAUUACAAGUCCCUUUCAUCUCAAUUUCGGCACCCUCAGUUGUUAGCGGAAUGUCAGGUGAAAGUGAGAAGAAGAUUAGAGAUCUUUUUGAAGAGGCAAAAAGCCUCGCCCCUUGUUUGGUAUUCUUUGAUGAAAUCGAUGCAAUCACACCAAAAAGAGAUGGUGGGGCUCAGAGAGAAAUGGAGCGGAGAAUUGUGGCUCAGCUCUUGACAUCAAUGGAUGAACUGUCUUUUGAAAAAACUGGAGGUAAGCCAGUAAUUAUCAUUGGCGCAACUAACAGACCAGACUCCUUGGACGCAGCCCUGAGGCGCGCUGGGAGGUUUGAUAGGGAGAUUUGUCUUAAUGUUCCCAAUGAGAUUUCAAGGUUACACAUCUUAAAGAAGAUGUCGUCAACUCUGAAAAUUGACGGUAGCAUUGAUUUCUUGAAGUUGGCAAAAUUAACUCCAGGUUUUGUUGGCGCUGAUUUGAAAGCUUUAAGUACUGCAGCUGGAACUUGUGCCAUCAAGAGAAUUUUUCAGUCCUAUGCAUCUCUAGCGCCUACCUCGAUGGAAGUUGACGAUGAAACGCUUACAAGCGAUGGCAGUCAAGAACCUAAAAACACUGUUAAUAUGAUUGAUCCACUGCCAUUAUCAACUGUUCAGAAAUUUAUUCAAAGUUUCCCUGAGCCGCUUACAGAGGAACAGUUAGCCUCUCUCUCAAUAAGAUACGAGGAUUUUCUGAAAGCGCUACCAACCAUUCAACCAACUGCUAAAAGAGAAGGGUUUGCAACUGUUCCCGAUGUAAGCUGGGCUAAUAUCGGUGCCCUUAACAGAGUACGGAUUGAGCUAAACAUGGCAAUUGUUCAGCCCAUAAAGCGUCCAGAAUUGUACGAAAAGGUGGGUAUAAGCGCGCCGGCCGGUGUACUGUUGUGGGGCCCUCCUGGAUGCGGUAAGACGCUAUUAGCAAAGGCCGUUGCAAAUGAGUCUAGGGCUAACUUCAUUUCAAUUAAGGGUCCCGAGUUGUUGAACAAAUACGUUGGUGAAUCUGAGCGUGCAAUAAGGCAAGUUUUUUCUAGAGCACGUGCAUCCGUGCCUUGUGUGAUAUUUUUCGACGAGCUGGACGCUCUUGUCCCGAGGAGGGACGCCUCUCUCUCCGAGUCCUCAUCAAGAGUUGUCAAUACUCUACUGACUGAACUCGACGGCUUGAACGACAGAAGAGGAAUUUUCGUUAUUGGUGCCACGAACCGUCCGGAUAUGAUCGAUGCCGCAAUGUUGCGUCCAGGAAGACUGGAUAAAACCUUGUUCAUUGAACUUCCUAAUUUCGAGGAAAAGUUGGAUAUUAUCAAGACAUUGGCCAGAACAAAUGGAACUCCUUUAUCGAGCGAUGUGGACUUUGAGGCAAUAAUUCGGGACGAGAGCUGUAGGAACUUUUCAGGUGCCGAUUUAGCCGCACUGAUAAGAGAGAGCUCAGUUUUGGCUCUGAAAAGAAGCUUUUUUAGGACUGAGGAAGUUCACUCAAUCACAGAGAACAAUCUUGAGAAAGAGUUCGGGGAGCUGAACACUUCAUCCGAAGAUGUUAUCGUUACCAUGCAAGAUUUUUCCAAUGCACUAAAGAAGGUCAAGCCCUCUGUAAGCGACAAAGACAGGCAAAAGUACGAGAGGCUCAACAAAAAGAUGGGAUGGGUGGAUGAAGCCGACGGAUCUUAA